AUGAGUGAAGGCUUAUUUGACUCCUACUUAACAAAAAUAUUGGAGGAAGAUAAUAUAUUAUAUAAGGUACCUUUACAUUUAUUAUAUAGCCUACUAGAUGAAAAAUAUUCAGACAGUGAUUCUUAUGAAAUAUGUAAAAAACAAUUAGAAACUUAUGAUGGAGAACAGAAGGAUGGCGUUUUAUCAUUUUGUCGGCAACUUGAAAGCAUAUUCCAUUAUAGGUAUAGUGCUUGGUCAUCGCUUUUUCAGUCAGAUCAUACUAUGUUCUGUGACUCUCUGAACUAUUGGUUUCAUAAUAAAAUAAAAGAUAGUCAAUUUUCUAUUAAUGCUAUAGAAUUUCUUUACAGAGCAUUGGAAGAGAUCAUUAAAGGAGAUAAUGUUAAAAGUCAAUGUGAUGUGAAAAGGCAUAUGUACUUUAGUAGAGAAGAAUUGGAAAAUAAGAAAAAACUAUAUGAUUUUUUAUUAUAUUAUGAAAUAUUAAAAAAAGCAUUACAAGCGAGUAAACAUAGUAAAAAAGAUAAAUAUUGUAGCUAUUUGUGGGCCAUAUUUAGUUUAUACGUAAAGGUGAAUCAUGAUAAUACAUUGAAAAAGGAUAGUGUGUACAGUGAAGAAAGAGCAAAAUUUAAAGAAAUAGUUAUAAAUGGAGAUAGCAAGUUAGAUCUAUUAAAGGAAAAAUGUCCAGAUAGAUGUCUAGAUUUAUUGUUAACCCCAGAAAACACAAAUGUAUGUUCACUAGAGGAAAAUAAUUACAUAAAAUAUCUUCCAGAAAAUGUAUGGUUAGAAGAUAAUACAAAGAAGGUUUAUAAAUCACUUCUUCAGGAUGAAUUUAAGUACAGAUCAUCUUUAAAUAGGUUCUAUACUCAUUUAGAUCACGUUGUUUAUACAUGUGAUCACCCUGAGAAACCUAUAAGUGGACGCAGUGAAAAUAAUACUCAAAAACAUACGUGUAAAGUAAAACGAAUAAAUGAAAUCGCUGAUUAUAUUGAACCCAUUUGUAAUUUUUAUGGAAUAAGCUAUGAUAAGUGUUCAGAUUAUUUGUUAUAUUGGCUGUACGGUGUAAUAGAAGAAAGUAAUCUCACAUCCUUUCAGAUUCAUGAGGUAUUCAAUGAAAUUGACAUAUUGAAAAAGAAUACUAAAUGUUUUAAAGAUGGAAAUAAAAAAUUUAUAGAGAAAUUUCAGAAAAUAUUCAAUACCCAUGUGUUAAGAAAUAAAAAAUUGUUACACGAUUUUACAGAACAUUACGACAAUAUAAAAAAUUUAUUGAGUAAUGCAAACCAGACGAAUAAGGAAAUAUAUUGCAAAUACGUAAAAUAUUAUUUUGAAUUAUACAGAAGGAUGAAAAAGCAGAAUCCUUUAGACUUAACCGAACACUACCGUGAAGAAAUAAAGAACUUUGAAGAAAAAUUUAAAAAUGGUUCUUUAUCCUUCUUAGAUGGAAUGUGCUCUAAGAAUGGAAUAAAAUCAUUAUUCGAAGCGGCAAAUGUAACUAGACGUCCAUUAAAGCAAUUGUCUAAUGAAGUUAUCGAACCAAUAAUAGUACCUUUGAAAAAUGAAAAGGAGAUUAAAGUAAAAAAAAAAUAUUAA